CGAAACAAAAUAAUUUUAUCGUUAUCAAUGAAAAUUUUAAUAAUAAUCAUAAGUUUAUCAACGAAUAUUCUAUGUUCAAGAAUAAUAGCAAAACAUUCGAUAACGAUAAUCGAUACUAUCGAUAAUCCAUUCGAACAACAACAACAAUAUAUCGAACAGGAAGAUAAUGGUGAUUAUAAAUAUCAAUUACGUAAUGUACCAUUACAAUCUUCAUCUUUAUCUUUAUGGCAAACAAACGAAUAUAAUUUUAUUCAACGAAAUAAACGUGCAGCAACGGCACGUUUAGAACGUCUUUGGGAUUAUGGUGUUAUACCAUAUGAAAUUGAAUCAAAUUUUAGUGGUGAUCAUCGUGCACUAUUUAAACAAGCAAUGAAACAUUGGGAAAAUUAUACGUGCGUUAAAUUUGUUGAACGUACAGCUGAACAUCCUAAUUAUAUUAUCUUUACUGAACGUCCUUGUGGCUGUUGUUCAUAUGUUGGAAAACGUGGUAAUGGACCACAGGCCAUAUCAAUUGGAAAAAAUUGUGAUAAAUUUGGUAUCGUUGUACAUGAACUUGGUCAUGUGGUUGGAUUCUGGCAUGAACAUACACGUCCGGAUCGUGAUGAAAAUGUUCAGAUUGUAAAUGAAAAUAUAAUGCCUGGUCAGGAGUAUAAUUUCAACAAACUAACUGAAGAUGAAGUCAAUUCAUUGGGUAUCAAAUAUGAUUUCGAUAGUAUUAUGCAUUAUUCAAGAAAUACAUUUUCAAAAAGCAUUAAUCUGGAUACAAUAUUACCAAAAUUAUCUGCAGUACCAGAUAUGGAUCCAGCAAAUAGACCUGAAAUUGGUCAACGUUUACGACUAAGUCAGGGAGAUAUUGCUCAAACAAAAUUAUUAUAUCGUUGUCCAAAAUGUGGUCAUACAAUACAGGAUGAAUCCGGUCAGAUUUUAUCACCAAAUUAUCCACAAUCAUCACCACCACCUGAAGGUGAAUAUUGUGAAUGGCGUAUAACAGCAACACAUGGUGAAAAAAUUAUAUUAAAUAUACAUGAUAUCGAUAUAUAUGAAACAAAUAAAUGUGAAAAUGGUUAUAUUGAAAUACGUGAUGGUUAUUGGUUUAAAUCACCAUUAAUUGGUAAAUAUUGUGGCCAAGGUAAUCUAUUAACAUCAAUAAUGUCCGAAGGACAUCGUAUGUUAAUUUCAUAUAUGGUAACACCUAAUCAACAUAAUCAUCGUGGUUUCAAUGCUACAUAUGAAGUUGUUUGUGGUGGUGAAAUUAUUGCCGAAAAAGGUUAUUUACAAAGUCCAAAUUAUCCGGAUGAAUAUCGUCCAAAUAAAGAAUGUAUAUGGCGUAUUACUGUACCGGAUGGCUAUCAAGUUGCAUUAAAAUUUCAAUCAUUUGAAAUUGAAAAUCAUGAUAAUUGUGUUUAUGAUUAUCUUGAAAUUAAAGAUGGUUAUACUGAUACUAGUCCAUUAUUGGGUAGAUUUUGUGGCCAUAAAAUACCUGCAGAUAUUCGUUCAUCAAAAAAUAAAUUAUAUGUAAAAUUUGUUUCGGAUUCAUCCGUAAGCAAAGCUGGAUUUUCUGCUACAUUUAUUAAAGAAAUGAAUGAAUGUCUUGAUUCUGAUCAUGGUUGUGAACAUGAAUGUAUUAAUACAUUUGGUGGUUAUCGUUGUGAAUGUCGUAUUGGUUAUGAAUUACAUUCGGAUGGGAAAAAAUGUGAAGAUGCAUGUGGUGGUAUUAUUGAAUCAUUAAAUGGUACAAUUUCAUCACCAUCAUUUCCAGAUCUAUAUCCACCUAAUAAAAAUUGUAUAUGGGAAAUAGUUGCACCGGAAGGAUUUCGUAUAUUAUUAAAUUUUACAUUUUUCGAUUUGGAAGGCAACAAUCAAGAUUGUGAAUAUGAUAAAUUGGAUAUCAAAAGCAAAAUAAAUGAUCAUUAUAGUCCACAUGGUCUAUUCUGUGGAUCACGUCUGCCACCGAUCAUUACAUCACAAGGACAUAAUCUUCGUGUAGAAUUUACAUCGGAUAAUUCUGUACAGCGUGGUGGUUUUCAUCUACAUUUUUUCACUGAUCUGGAUGAAUGUGUGAUCAACAAUGGUGGUUGUCAACAUAUUUGCCGAAAUAAAAUCGGAUCCUAUGUUUGUGAAUGUAAUAGUGGCUAUGUAUUACAUGAAAAUAAACAUGAUUGUAAAGAAGGUAGCUGUUCAUAUCAGAUAACUAGUUCGAAUGCUGAAAUUGUUAGUCCACAAUAUCCGGAAGAAUAUCCAAGUAAAAAAGAUUGUACAUGGCUUUUUGUUGCUACACUUGGACAUCGAAUAAAAAUUGUAUUCGAAGAUUUUGAUCUUGAACCACAACAAGAAUGUGCAUAUGAUUUUGUUACUAUUUAUGAUGGUGAUUCAUCUUCUGGACAAACAUUAGGUCGAUUCUGUGGUAGUAAAGAACCACAUCCAUUAGUAUCAUCAACAAAUAAAGCAUUGAUGAUAUUUAAAACGGAUGCAUCCGUACAACGAAAAGGUUUUAAAGCACGAUACUAUACAGUAUGUGGUGGUCGAUUAAUGGCAACAUCAUCAAUUGAAUAUCUUUAUUCACAUUUUAAAUUUGGUGAUGCAAAUUAUGAUAAAAAAGAAGAUUGUGAUUGGCAUCUAGUUACAUCUGGUAAUGAUAAAAAAAUCUAUCUAAAAUUUGUUACAUUCGAAUUGGAACAUGAAAAUAAUUGUUCAUAUGAUUUUGUUGAAAUAUUUGAUGGUGCAGAUGAUACAUCAUCAUCAUUAGGUCGUUUUUGUGGUAAUCAGAUGCCAGACGAUAUGAUCUCAUCAGGUAAUUCAUUAUUAAUAAGAUUUCGUACCGAUGAUUCAAUACAUAAUAAAGGAUUUACAUUAACAUAUUCAUCGGUUGAUGCUAAUGAACAAGAACAAUUUAUUAUACAACAAGGAUUUAAACGAUUAGAAAAUCAAUUGAUAGAAAAAUAUUUUCAUCAACCAUCACCACCACCACCACCACCAUCACCACAACAACAACUAUCACCAUCAUCAACAAUAUCAUCUUUACAUCAUCAUUCUAUAAAUCCUCAUUUAAAUCAUCGUCAUCUGUUAACUGAAUAA